GGGAUGCGCGGACAACCAUGCACAGGCCAAGGACACAAAUUUACGUUGCAGUGGGCGAUUGAGGUCAGCCAGUGCAAAGCCUGUUUCAGGCCAUAUGGCGCGGGAAGCCUCAUGAACUCAUGUGAACAUUGCAGAUACUUGAUCUGCAACCCUUGCUAUGUGAAGGCACUUCAGGCGGCCCAGGCGGCCCGGGCGCCCAAGCCGACCCAUCCGGCCAAGGCGGCCCAGGCGGCCCAGGUGGCCCAGGUGGCCCAGGUGGCCCAGGUGGCCCAGGUGGCCCAGGUGGCCAAGCAGGUGAGCAACCAAAUGAUGACCACUUGCCACCAAGGUUCCUGCAUUGGAAUUGCGAAGCCAGGUGGAUUCAACUCAGCCCAGCGCAGCUGGUUGCCGCCUGUGGGAGGUGUCGUCCAGAAUAGCUGGCUAGCACCCCCUGCAGGCCUGGCAAAUCUGCUGCUGGGCCCGGCAGAUUUCAAAUUCUAUGCAGAGCCUCCAGAGCCAAGGCCGUAUCCGUGUGCUGCCACCACAUCCCCUGCGACGAAGCCUUCCCACGACAUGUCGCAGGUGAGCAACCAAAUGAUGACCACUUGCCACCAAGGUUCCUGCAUUGGAAUCGCGAAGCCAGGUGGAUUCAACUCAGCCCAGCGCAGCUGGUUGCCGCCUGUGGGAGGUGUCGUCCAGAAUAGCUGGCUAGCACCCCCUGCAGGCCUGGCAAAUCUGCUGCUGGGCCCGGCAGAUUUCAAAUUCUAUGCAGAGCCUCCAGAGCCAAGGCCGUAUCCGUGUGCUGCCACCACAUCCCCUGCGACGAAGCCUUCCCACGACAUGUCGCAGGCCUAUCCGGUCUCAAAGCAGCCGAUGGCCAUGACGCUGGAAGAGCAUACCGCCCUGGCUCAAAACAAGGAGUGUGCAGACUGUGGAGCACCGGCGCCCGAAUGGGCUUCGGUGAACCAGGGCGUAUUGAUUUGCAUCGAAUGUGCGGGAUGCCAUCGAUCGUUGGGUGCACAUAUCUCAAAGGUGAAAUCGGUGAUGUUGGAUUCCUGGAAACCAGAGGAAGUGCAAAGUUUUAUUUCCAAAGGUGGCAAUAAGAAGGUUAACGACGACAUCGCUCGGAACGGAGGGCCAUCGCCCCCAGCGAGGGGGACUCUGCGUGCUGAGAUCGACAGCUACAUUUGCAGAAAGUACAAAGGAGAGAAGGCUGCCGAUGACAAGAGGUCAAUUCCUUGCCCCCUGAAAGCCGGAAAGACUCCAGGGCUGGAGGUCAGCAACGACAUCGGUACGACUUGUCAUCAAGGCCUUGUGAUGGUAGACAUUGACAGUGUUGAUAUUGGAGUUGAACGUGCCAGAGACCUGCGAAUGCUGGGGCCCCUCUUCCUAAAUUUGUCGGUACAACUGAGCCUUGGGUCCCAGACCUGCGAGCCCACUUCACGUCGCCGGGGCGAGAAAACAGGAUGGACUCCAUCAGAGAGGAGGCAAAUGCUAUGGGAUGCGCAGGAGCGCUACCUCUGGUGUAGAGUUUGGGACAGUGACUUCGGCUUCAAGCAACUUGCGGGUGAAGGACGCAUAGAUCUGUUGAAGCUCUUGGAGAAUGGCAGUGGAAGCGAAGGGAUCGCAGAGACCGUGGAGGUGGAGCUCUUUGCCCCAGAGGACGAUGGUGCUGAUUCAGACUCUGAGGCAUCUCCGAAUUCUACGAGUACUGCGGCGACCUUGUCGAAGCUGCAGGAUCCAUCCCUCAGUGGUUUUAUUGGCCUGGCAAAGCUGAAGGUCACGAUCAUUGACAUGACGGGCCUGCUGAAGACCCAAGCGCUGAAACCGAUUUCACAGUCUACCUGGGGUUCAAGCGGCUCGGACUGACAGACAGCAAAAA